AUGAAUGAGACGCGCUGGGCGCGUUUUAAGAGAUCAGUUAGAGAGGUUAGAAGAGAGACGAUAAAGGUACAUCUGGUACUGUUGUCAAUUCAACUGGCAUUCUCUGUGUUUUAUAUAGUGGCCAAGGUGGCACUCAAAUCAAUGGACCCAUUCAUCUUUUUAACAUACCGUCUACUAUUGGCCACGCCAAUACUCUGGCUAUUCGCUGUCAUUACCGAACCACAACAAAUGCGUAAACUACCAUCAUCUCCACGUGAAUGGUUACUACUUGUACUAGUUGGUAUAUUCGCCGUAACAAUUAACCAAUCCCUCUUUCUUGAAGGUUUGGAACUAUCUACAGCAUCGAAUGCAGCGAUCACUCAGCCAGCUAUACCUAUAUUCAGUACUUUGUUGGCAGUGGCAUUCAAGUAUGAACGCAAGUCAUGGUUAAAGUUUGUUGGCAUUGGAGUUAGUGUGGCAGGCGCGAUAUUGAUGGUGGACUUGACACAUUUACGCGAUGACUCGAGAUCCAGUCUAAAUAUACUGUUUGGCAAUCUUUGUUUCUUGGGCAAUACGAUGGCCUAUGCAGGCUUCCUCCUGCUACAACGCCCACUGCUGGCACUGGGUAACCCUCCCGCCAAGAUCAUGUCGUGGGCAUUCCUCUUUGGAACGAUUCCCGUCAUCGCCCUCACACUGGGCAUCACACGCGACUACUCUGACUUUUUGGAGACGCGCUACGUCAAUUGGUUGGCGAUAUUAUAUACUGCGAUAUUCGCAACGGCAUACACAUUCUGGGCCAGCUCGUGGGCGGUCAAGAAGUCCGACUCGACGACGGUCGCGAUGUACCUGUGCGUCGAGCCGCUGGUCACAUCGAUCGCCGCCGCCAUCUUUUUGCACGAGCGACUGACCAUUCUCAACAUACUGGGCGCCAUCACUGUGUUGGUGGGCGUGGCCGUCGUGAUGGUGGCCAAGCACCGCGAGUACAAGAAGGACAUCAUGGAUCAGUACACAAAGGACAAGCUGUUGACCGAGAGCACGGCCACUGGCGCCGACGUGUCUGGUAGCCAGGACAUGAGCAUCAACACUCCAGGCGUACGAGGUAGCAACAACACAAUCAAUAUAAUGGAUACGAAUUCUGGCAACGAGGACGACGCCGCGAGGGAGGUCGAGAUGAAGGCCAUGGCCAAGACAUUGGGCAAGGUCGUCAUGGACAAUCAUAUUUAUAGAAUCGUGAAGGAUCCAGUGACAGGAGAGAUAGAGUACCGUCUGGACGAGGAUCAACAGAAUCAAUCAACGUCAGUGAUGGCACCAUCACAAGGUAGCAAUGGGCGAAUGGAAGAGAUAUUCGAACAUAAUAUUAAUAACAGUGUUUUGAGUGUGACUGCCGAUCAAGACGACGACGACGACGACGAAGAUGACGACGACGACAAUAAUGAUGAAGAGCAUAACCUAGGCCAACAUCGCCAGCUAAAGGCUGGCAAUAAAAUAUUCAAAUAG